ACAGAACCAGAACCAUGCGUCGGUACUUGCGGAAGCUUAGAUCGACUCCGGCCGUGGUGCUGCUUUUCGUCAUCCUCGUAUUCCUUUUACCAUACGACAAUCCGUUCAGCCCUCGCGCUGCUAUUGUGAGCGCAGCAUCUGCUCUCUUCGAGAAACGCUGGUGGCUCAUCAACAAACCCGGUGCAUACCCGGUGGAUUUCUCCCAAGAUGUUGCGGUGUUAAUAAAAUCGGGUGUUGGGACGAAAGAGCGGAUCCCUUCUUGGCUGAAAGCGCACGAGCACAUGGAACUCUCCGAUGUGCUUCUCAUCGGAGAUUUUGCCACGUUGCCGGGGCAGGAGUACCAGUAUCGCGACCGGCGAUUGCCCGUGCAUGAUGUGUUGGGUUGGAUGAUUGGAAAGGGGUAUUUGGCGGCGGAAUUGGAGCAUCCGAGAUUGGAGAAGUAUUAUAAUUUGACGAGGGCUGUUGAUCGCGGCGAUGUGGAUGCUGCGCGGAAGAUGUCUGGGUCUUUUGGGUGGGAGCUUGAUGCGAUGAAGUUCCUUUCCGGCAUGGAACUCCUCCACAACCGAUUCCCGGAUAAGAAAUGGUACAUCAUGGCAGACGACGACACGUACCUCAUACAACCCUCAUUCAAGCGUCUCAUCGAACACUUCAACCCUAACCGCGAGCAAUAUCUCGGGAAUCCGGUAGGCGGAGAGGACUGCCGCUUUGCCCAUGGAGGAUCAUCCAUAAUCCUGUCGCACAGAGCCGUUAGCCAUCUCAUAUCCGACCACGAGUACCUGGCCAUGGCUCACCGGGAAUCCCUGGACGAGACGUGGGGUGAUAAGCGUCUGGCGGUAUCAUUGAACCGAUUGGAAAUUUACAUCAACGAAGAAUACGCAACCUUUUUUAACGGCGAGAGUCCUCAUAUUUCCAAGAUCACCAAGGAGCGACUAUGCACGCCGGUUCUUUCGUUUCACGGACUUUCGUCGUCAUCGGAUAUGCUCACUGUCAGCCAGACCUUUGAGCAUGCCACGGAGCAGGUUCUCUGGGUCGACCUGUGGAAUAUCCCUAUUAGUGACAAUAGUGCCAGUGGCCUUCUCCCCAAAGCUUCAACGUCCCUCUUCGACGACCCGAUAUAUGAUACCGGCCACAAGAACUGGGACUACGUCGGCCGAUUAGACGAGUGGACACAGUCAGUUGAAGACGUGACCUCUGUCGACACAUGCAAGCAGAUAUGCCGCGAGGAGCGUUCAGACUUCUGCUUGGCGUGGACGUGGGACUCAAAUGAAAAGAAGUGUCAUAUGAGUUGGUGGAUAAUCAAGGGGGAUAAUGCUGAGGGAAAGACUUCGGGGUUGAGUGUGCCGGCUGUGAAGGAUAUUGUGGGAUCGUGUCGACCGUGAUUCUUUUUUUUUUUUUCAUGUGCUUACUACUUGUAAUUAUUUUUGCGUUCACAUAAAUACAUAAUGAUAAU